AUGGUGAUCUGGUACAAAAUAUUGAUUGUGGUUGUGACAAUAAAUUUAGAUUAUUUUGUGGUAACAUUACCAAAUAUAGUAAUUGUCAACAACAAACCAAUGACUUAUAAUCGAAAAGAAGAUUUUGCUGAAAUAAUUACUGUUGUUGAGUCAGACAUUCCUAAAAAAGUUGAAGACAUUUAUAAAUCAGAUAAACGAAAAAAUAAACAAAAUAAUCAAUUAAACACUUUUAAUACCCAACAAAAAUCUAAUUUAUUUAAAACAAGUGGUUUUAUAACGAACAGCAACUUUAAAGGUGGACUUAUAACAAAACAUAAUUUUACCUUGCAUCUACCAGUCAAUAAUAAUCAAAUUAUAACUUCCGAUCGUUUUGACAAUUCAAAAUUUUCUAGCAAUUUCUAUAAUUUACAAAAUAUAGAAAGCACCACAACGACUACUACAGAAACACCAUUUAUCUUACAACCAGAAAUUGUAUCAGCAAUAAUUUAUAGUAAUGAUUUGAUUUCCAGUUCAAAUUCUUUAAAUAAAACACCGAAUGGCAUUAUUAAGCAUGAUUAUCACAAUAAAAUUUCACCUGCUAUUGAAAAUAAUCAACCGCAUAAAGAAAAUUCAGUCAUUAUUGUCCAUACAACAGCGUCUCCACCAAUUUUCGUAGCAUCAGCAACAAGAGUCACCAAACCUACUAAAACAAAAAGAAAGAAAGACAAUAGCUCAGCUACAUUAUCUACAGAUUCAAGCAAUAUCCAUGAACAUUUUAUUAAGAAUUUAGAUUAUUAUAGAAAAAUUUUAAAUUUAAACUGCUCAAAUAAUGCUAAUGUAAAAAAUCAAACCAAACAGCAAUUGAUAAUAAGUGAUAGUGAAAAUGAAACUGUAGAAAUUAAACCAAAACCCACCAAUAAGGAAGAUAAAGACAAAGACAAAGACAAAGACAAAGAAAAGGAUAAAAAGAAGUGUAAAUGCAAAAAAAAGCAUGGACAUCAUCAUCAUGAUCAUCAUGAUCACGAUCACCAUCAUGGACAUCAUGACCACCAUGGGCAUCAUCAUCAUCACCAUAAAGGAUCAAAAGAAUCAAAAGAAUCACAUGAAGAACAUAAGCCUUCAUAUGAGCAUAAACCCCAAACUCCAAUUUAUGUAGAGCAAAAACCACAGGAAGCACAUAAAGUAAUAACUGGAAUACCUACAACAUAUAGUCAUCUUCAUCAACAUCAACAUCGAGUUCAGUCUUCAUCAUCUCAUACGCCAAGUAUUAUAUCUCCGAUAAAUAGGGUAACUGCUCCUAUAAACACAAUUUCAACGAUUCCAAAUAAAAUAGAUUACUUUGAAGCGCCAGAAAAAUUACCUCCUUUAGGUGAUGAUUAUGAGGAGGUUGGAAAUAUGUUUGACACAUUUUAUCGGGCUAUAGAAAAUGCUUUUAGUGGUAAUAAAGAAGAUGAUCAAGAAUCAGUUGAUUAUGAAAGUAGAGAAUAUGAAAAUGAAGAGAGCGGUUCCGAUUACUCAGAAAAUGAAAGUGAGGAUGAAAAUUAUAGUGAAGAUUAUAAAAAGAAGAGACGUAAAAAACGCGAUUUGUUGGAGCGGAAAAAUGUUUUAAAAUCGAAAGCUUCACCCAGAAAGUCAUUAAUAACCAAAAUCACAAUCACUAAUGAAUAUGACGAUUCAAUUCACGAUCUAGAAAAAUUCAAUCAAACGUCAUCAGCAUUAAAAUUGAAGACGAAAAAGGAAAAUAUUAAACGUAAUAUUACAAAUAAUCGAUCCGAAAGUAGUGAGGAAUAUGAUGAUGAUAUCAUUGAAAGCAUUAUGAGCUUUCGUGAUGACUUUGAUUCUUACUCUGAUGAAUAUUAUGAGGAUUUAUCACUUUCUAGUAAGCAUACUAAUGAUACUAAAAAAUUGAAUGAAAUGAAAACGAAAAAGAAAAGUGAAAUUAGCAUUAAGAAGAAGUAUCAGGAAGAUGAAUCGCCUACAAAUUUCAUCACAGACAGAUUACAAAGCAUCUUUUCAUACGUUGGUAAUAUUUUUCCAUCGUUUCCAUAUUUCGACUUUGGAAUAAAGGAUACAACACGAACAGCAUUAAGAAGAAAGACGAGGCAAAGGAAAAAACGCAAUAAUUAUGAUGGUGAAACGUAUUUAAAAGUAACAGAAACAAUAGAGACGACUGAAAAGCCUGAGUCACAGUUUAAACGACCCAAGCGUGAAAACGAAAAAUUACCGUGGUACUUUCCAACUUUUCUUUAUGCUCAUAAUGAUGCAGGCUCCACUGAACAGCUGUCUAGUUCUACGAAAAAAUGGUAUUUGCCAUGGGAUGACUCGAGUAAUGAGAAGUAUAAUAAUGUGGAAGUUGAAGAUAUUACGGAAAGACAUGCAAUUGAAACAACUACUAAAGAAGGCAUGGAUGAAACAACCGCUAAAGCAAUGCCAUAUGAUUUCUUUGGAAUGAUAUCGCAAUUGCUAGCGACAAGAAAAAAGGAAUCUAAAAGUAUAAUAAGUAAACGAAUUCGUAAAAAGGGAUACAAUAACUAUCAAUUGUGGAGAUUAUUUCCCAUGUCCAAGGAUGAUGUAAAGUAUCUCAAUGAGUUUCGCAUGUCAACAAAUGGAAGGAAAAUUCAUUGGCUUAAAAAUAUAAACAUUAAAGAUUCUACGGAUGUUGUUGUUCCACCAAGCUAUGUCAAUUCUUUUAAAGAUUUUUUGUCUGAAGGUGAGAUUAAACAUAGUAUUAAAAUACGGAGCAUACAACAUGCAAUAAAGUUUGAAAAUCCACGUUUAAAUAAACGAGAUCAAAUUGAAUUGGAAUUAAUUAAUGGUCAUCCGAUUACAUGGUAUCGAUAUCAUACUUUUAGGGACAUACAAAUGUAUUAUGAUUAUUUGAAAAGGAAAUACCCUUCAUUUGUUGAAUUGAUUCAAAUAGGAUGGUCUUUUAAUGGAAAGCCAUUGACUAUAGUCAAAGUUUCAUCAAAGCCAAAACAAACAUUAUAUGAUACGAAAAAACCUGCAAUUUUUAUUCUUUCUGGUACUUCACCACACAUAUGGCUUCCUAUAGCUUGCUCGACAUACAUUUUAAAUAGCCUCGUAACGAAUAUAGCCAAUGAUGAUAGCUUUGGACGAAUGAUAAGAAAGUUUGAUUGGUAUAUUCUAAGCUUAUUGAAUCCCGAUGGAUAUGAUUAUUCUAUGACCGUUGAUCGUUUAUGGCAAAAAAGUAGGUCUCGCCAGUUUUUAUCUACCGAUGAGACUUUUAUAUCAUCAGCAUUAAAUUGGUUUAGAAGUUCAAAUGUAAAUCAAACGGAAAAAGUUUGUUAUGGUGUAGACAUGACAAAAAAUUUUGAUUCCAAUUGGAAAGAAGAUGAAAGUACUGAGAAAAGUAAAUGUUCAGAUUUUUAUAAGGGUCCUCAUGCAUCAUCUGAGCCAGAAAUUAAAUUGUUAUCAAAUUUUUUAUUAAAACAUAACAAAAGCAUUAAACUCUUCAUGAACUUGGAUGGCUAUGGUCAGCAAAUAUUGUUUCCAUCUUCUAAACUUAACCGAAGUUUCAUGGAUGAACUAAACGAUAUGGCAAGGUCGGGUUUACGAAAUGUAAAAAUGCAUCGAGAUGGUGAAAGGAAAUAUGGAAUCAACACUAAUUAUUCUGGUAUGUCAUCAGGAACUGUAGAAAGCUUUGCAAUGAACAAAGCAAAAAUCAAAUAUACCUAUCGAAUUGAAUCAAUGGAUAAUACACAAUACAGCAUUUUUGUUCCUGCAACAUCAAUUGAACAAAAUGCAAACGAGAUUCUUGAUAUUAUUAAGGGAAUGGUGAAGCACUUGGAAAAUGAAUAAAAGCUCUUCUCUACUUUUGCAGC